GUUUUAUCUCCGCGAACGACGGUUGCCUGGAGCAGACGUAGCAAAUAAUUCGUUACAUCUAAAAAAAUCGCGUGUUUCCAUUAAUCCUUGUGUAAAAUCCGUUGUUGCUUGUCCUUGUACAGAGUGUAUGUCUACCAUCUAUUCAUAAUGUCAACUACUUCAGCGAACAACUUGAAUACGACAGUUGAGCUCGAACUGCAUGACAGCCUUAAUCAACACGAUUCUGCUGUUGGGCCAAGGUUGCAUCUCACCAGAGAUUUUAUAGCUACAACGCCGCCGAACGUUACUGUGUGUAUGUCAGAGUCAAUCUCUUCUAAUUCUGGAACGCCUUCAAAUACAUUUAAAAAGAAAAACCAUGACGAUUUGAUUCAGACUCCUAUCGCCGCUAUAUUUAAGAACCCCGAGGUACGUUCGACCGACGAAAAUCAGUCACCUAAUUGCGCAAGCAUUUGUACCUCGACUCCAACCUGUGCGAUCACCACGUCUAGUCCAAGACUGUCGUUCAAAGGUUCUGCAGGGCACGUUCAGUCACCCUUGGCUAUAUCAAACUGUUCUGAAGGGCAAAUCCUGCUAGGUCGAGAUAGUGACUUAAUCGAGUCUUUACCAGGUCUUUCUGACGCCGCUGUUUGUCUACCGCGAGAUUGUCAGCCCUUGAGCGAUUGUUCGGGGGAAACUGCGCAAACUUCUUUUGCCACAGCCAGAGCUCACAGCGAAAGUCCUGGUGGAAGCUUGAUUGAGCAAGAGACUUCGCAGAAGUUAUACGCUCAAGAGUUCACCACACCAUUCGAAAGCUUUGAAGCUUGCGGAGGUGACCGUAAAUUUUCGUGCUCCAACGGUCUUCGCCAGCCUUCUUCCGUGUUAUUAGAUCAAAUUCAAUCGCAGAGCCAGCGUCAAGCUGACUGGUCAGUCAUGGGCGACGUUAGCAUGAUGAGUGUCGAUGGAAAUAUGUCCGUUGAUAUGAGAGAUGAUGCAAACAAUGUUUCGGAAAUUCAUAUAUGUACAAAGAAAAGCCAUUCUAAAACCGAAGGCCUACCUGUGGCUGGACAAAUCAAGAGCAAUGUUUCGUCAAGUCAAACGGACCAUGAGAGCCUUGUGUCCACUGCAUCUGCAAUAGAUAGUUGCAGGAGAAAAACGUACGAGGUUGAAAAUAUGCCUGCAUCGGCUUAUCCGCCAAAAAUAGGAAAGGGGAUGGGGCUCGAUUCCUCAGAACGCAGUAUUACCCCAACCCCUAUCGCUGACGACACUUUGCAGAGGUUUCCACAUUCGGCGGAAGCUAAUUCUGCCGUCGUUUUUCCUGCUAACUCGAAUUUUAAUAAAUCUAGUGAAGGAUUACUGGAAGAAUCGGCUUCUAAGACGCGCCUCAAUGACACGUUUGACAAAACUCCGAAUAAGUCUAAUUUGGAUCUACCCGUUAGUGGUGACAAGCUAGACGUGCCCUUAUCGACGUCUGGUAACAGAACUCCGGCGUCGAAACUUAACGAUACGUUCGACAAAGACAAAUUAACCCUUGACAUCAAUUCUUCUGAGUCUUUAAGCAAAAAAUCUGUUGAGGACGCAAACCUCAACGACACUUUUGACAAGGUUGCUUCGGAGGAAUCGCAUCAUAACGGGACGUUUGACAAAGAGACGUCAACUAUCACCGGAGGUGCAGAAUGUUCGGCGUUGGACAAGACGCCUGAUCUGGAACUUCGAAUCGAUCAAACAUGUAGAACAGAAGAAAGUGUCCAUCAAACACACGACCCUGAUGGUCCUGUCGAGACAGACCUGGAGAAGACGUCCGUAGACCCAAAAGAAUUCUUGCGGACACCUGAAAAGCUUACUAUUGCCAACCGUAUUCAAAGCACCCCUCGAACGGGACGAUCAAAAUUGACCGUUUGUGAUAAUGGAGACGCUCAACCGGAGCAUGAUAUUAGUGGGGAUAAAGAUGAGUUCGAGAAAGAUAACACUGCUAAGCCUCGUGAGGAACGUCGAGGCAGUGGCGGCUCUUUUCUCAAGAGGCGGUGCAGUAUACUUGAGUUGAGUUUCGUUUCGUCUCCGAAACGCGCGAAUUUUCAGCCCAAUAUGUCAAAAUGUCUGUCUGAAAAUGGGCGAACGAGUUUGUUGCAACAUGAGUCCAUCGCAUUCGAUUUUUCUGCCGCCGCGGCAAAAGCCCUUGACAACAAUGGUGUUGCUGAAAUGGGCUCAUUCGUAUUUUCCUCAUCUUCUGGACAACCCAUACCGUCGGAUAUAUUUGAUCUGAGCACUUUGGAAAAAAUGAGCACUAAUUCAAAGAUAAAGGGUGAAAAGUAUACUCGUGUGUCAUUCCUCGCGAUGUUCGAUCCGAUCAAACCCGAGUCUUCAAGUGAAGAUAAUUCACAAACGAAGUCACUGUGUACUCCAUCUGGUGGGUUGGUCGACUCAACAGAAUUUAAGACCCCAAUGACCCGUAUCGAGCGUACUACUGUGUCGCCGUUAGUAAAGGGAUUACCAACGCCGCAUUUCGCCAGGCCAAAAAGCGUAUGCAAUAUCAGUGUCCAGACUGACCCUUUUGUAGGAGAAAAAAGCGUUAUUUCGGAGUCCAAGUUUCCAGAAAUCGAUACCGAGGAGUUACUGACACGUAUGGCCGAACUCAACACGACCGUUGAAAGCCAGAAGACAGCUUUGGCUCUUUAUGAGAAAGUCGUAACUGUCCUUAAAGACCGAGUUCAAGUCAAAUUAAAGAACGACACAUUGCAAAGUGGUGACGAUAGUAAACAGGUUGCCAGUUUAAAGGCUGCCCUGGUGGCAGAACGUGAGCGUAAUGCUCAACAGGACGACGUGGUUCGCAACCUCGAACGCUCAAUGCACGCGACUCUUAAGCGAAUGGCCGAGUGCCGUGAAGGUAACGCCGCUCUAACGAAAGUUGUUGAAGAACAGCUUGCUGCAAUGUCCUUGACACGGGCUAACUGUGACGCUCUAGAACAUCAUAGGGACGAGGUAUUGGCUAAUGCAAGCGACGAGAUUCAAGCUCUCAAAGUCCAAGCCCAAGAGGAUGAGCGUAACCACAAGAAAGCACUGAACAGGCUGGAGCUCCAGCUGAAAGCCAAAGAAUCGGAACUCGAGUCCAGCCAUUCACAAUUGGCUAUCGCGAAAAAAGAAAUUGACAGUCUUCGCGCCGUCGUCCAACAGAUGAAUCUUCAAUAAGCUUGAAAGCCAGAACUAUGGCAUAUAUAUAUUUAUAUAUAUAAAACAUAAACGACACAUACUAUUAGGUACCUCGCGAUAUGAUAUAUAUGUGAAGAUACGGGUGCUUAGUGUUGAGGAAGGCCUGCGCGGCAUUUAGUAUUCAUCACAAUUGUGCGACAACAAUUGACUAAUAAAUCGCUUGGUGGUUGAUGUUUCAUAAACUGGUGUCCUUCAACGGGUUUGGACCACUAUGUUUCGUAACUUAUGUAAAAGUAUAUUUCAUGGCACUUUGGUAACACGCGAUGGUACAUAGGUCCUACAAUUCUGCAUCAAAUACAAAUAAUAUGGAAUUUUUCAGUAACAAAAAACGAUUCUUCUUAAUAAUAAAAUGUUUUAGCUGG